CUGUGAUUGGCACGAUUGGAGACUUAAAAUCCUAACAGCUUCUUCCCUGUCCUGAUGAAAUGAGUAGCUGUCAGAGUUCCUUGGUUUUUCUUAUUAUAGCUGCUUGUAAGUCCAGGAAAACUCGGCUGCAAACAUCGAAAAUGAAACCCCCCCGAACUUUUGAGGAGCAAACGGAAUGUAUUGUGGAUUCUCUACUCACAGACUUCUUAGGCCCCUCUUGCCAGGUUGCUAACCGGAGCCUACGUGGUGUAGAUGAAACAGAUUCAGGAGAAGCUUGCUCUUUUGAUGUGGCCAUCAUUGCUGGUCGCCUUCGGAUGUUGGGUGACAAGUUCAAUGGAGAAUUGGAAGCUUCUGCCAAAAGCAUCAUUGCAGAAACCAUUCAGGGACAGGCAGAAGCUGUAUUUCAGGACAUAGUAAAGUCUCUCAGCAAGGCCUGGUGCGCUCAGGAUUCUAAUUUGGCUUACGAGAGAGCCCUCCUGGGAGUGUCAGUGAAGCUUCUUGAAUAUGUGGCCCACUUGGCUCCUGAUGUAGCAAGACAGGUGGCCACGCCCAUGAGAAAUAUGAUCAAUGGGAACAGUGCCAUCCGAGAGUACAUCCAGGGCCAGGGAGGUUGGGAAAAUCUGGAGAGCUGAAGAAGAGGAGGAGCUGUUUCCUGGACUUCUUUGACUGAUCGGGUGAUUGAUUUCCAGCAGUUAAAACAGAGAAACAACGAAAUCAAACACCACUUUCUCUUGGACAGAAUUAAACUUAGCCAAAUAAUCUAUUUUCUACUGAUCGUUAAGUUAGGAGCAGCUCCCAGAAGUCUACAGAGAUUUCAUACUUUCUGUUUUUUAGGUGAUUUUUUUUUCCCCCUGCAUCUGUGGCAUGUUUAAGUUCCAGGUCAUGGAUCAAACGCACACCACAGCAGUGACCCAAGCUGCUGCCGUGACCAUGCUGGAUCCUUAACUCACCGAGCCACAAGGGAACUCCCAUGAUUUUAUGUGAGUUUUAAUGAAGUUUUGUUGAAGCAAAGACUUCCAGGUGCAAAGUGGUAACUUGUUAGUAGUGGAAUUCCAGGCAACAGGACAGGCCUUUGCUGGAGGUGUUGCAGGGGGAAGGGAGCACAUGGUACACCAGCCCUUCAGACUUAGCCCUUUCCUUUGGUAAGGCUUGUCACUAAUUUUGCAGUCUAAAGGAUCUCAGGGAGAUCUUCGGUUGGAAAAUCUUGUUAUUUUAAGUUGAGGACUUUCUUUUAAAUUCAUAACCUAAAUUUCGUGUUAAUUUCAUCUGAGCCAAAUUAUUUUAUGUAUUUUCAAGGUUGGAAGCAAAAAAAUAGCAGUCUGUUCAUCUGCCUUUCUACUAAAGGCCAAAGAGAAGUAGGAUAGGUACUGCAUUUUUAUUGCCUCAGGAUGCGGGCAGUGCUGGCCCACUUCUAGGACUGUGGGGCCAUCCCAGCGUAGAUGAAGCCAGCUACAUACCACAGAGUUUUUCAAAGUGUGGGUCACGUACCACUUGUGGACCUUCUAUAUUGCUGAUUUCCAGGCCCCUUCUAUAGGGAUUCUGAUUCUGUAGUUGUGGGCUGGGGCCUAGGAUCCUACGUAUUAAAUCUGAUCCACAGCUGAUUUUGAUGUAUGUAUGAAAUUUGAGUACCAUCACUUGAUCAGAGGUUGGAAAAUUACAGUCCAAAUCAGCCCACUGCUUUUUUUUUUUUUUUUUUUUUCCUGUAAAGAACAUUUGAUUGGAAUGCAGCCGCACUCACUUGUCUACAUAUUAUCUAUGGCUGUUUUAGCAUUGCAGUGGCAGAGAUGAGUAGUCAUGGCAGACACCAUACGGCCUGUCCUGUAAAGCUUAAAAUAUGUGCUAUCUGGCUCUUUACGUUUACAGACCCCUGCUCUAAAGCUAAAUGAACAUUUCUCCCCGAGUAAUUUAAACUCUGUUGCAAUCCCGAUAAUUCCUGCCAAACAGAAUUGUAUGUUACUCAGCUCUUUUUUUCAGAAUUUAAUCUGCGUGUUUGUUAGUUCUUGCAUAGUCCACACUUUCUCUAGGACCUUUGGCAAAUCAGAGAGCUCUGUGACUCCUGAGUAUUUGACGGUGGGCAUACAUUUCCCCGGCCCUGCCGCAAGUGAUUGGAAGUAAAGCAUGUGGUUUCUGUGGUCUGUGUAUCCCAUAAUAGUUCUUAAUAAUUUCAUAGACUAGUAGGCUGUCAUCAAGUAGAGGCUCCUUCAUCUCUAAGCCCCCAAACCAGACAACGUACCUCAACAUCAAGAAGAAAAGCAUUGCUCUAUCUGUUUUUUAAGAGAGGUGUUAAUGGCUUCGGCUAAAGUGCAGCAAAGCUAACCACAUCCCCUCCCUUCAGCCACCCCGCCACUUGGCUCCCCUAGAUGCACAGAAAUAAAGAUGUAGUGCUGCUAAUA